AUGCAAUUAGUCAAGGAGUUUUCUAAGAUAAUUCUUGGAGAGUUUGAAAUGAGUCUAAUGGAGGAGUUAAAUUACUUUCUCAGACUUCAAAUCAAACAACUCAAAGAAGGGACAUUUAUGUGUCAAACAAAGUAUUUCCAUGAGUUUCUUAAAUGCUUCAGAAUGGUAGAUGCAAAGUCAAUUAACACUCCAAUUUCCACAAACAAAAACUUGGACAAAGAUGAAAACGAUAAGGAUGUUGACGUUAAAAAGUAUGGAGGUACGAUUGGAUCUCUCUUAUAUCUUACUACAUCUAGGCCUGACAUUAUGUUUAGUGUAUGCAUAUGCGCUCGAUAUCAAUCUGCUCCCAAGGAAUCUCAUUUAAAAUCCAUAAAGCGUAUUCUUAGAUAUCUUCAUGGUACUUUUAUGUAUGGGCUUUGGUAUCCAAAAGGAUGCGAUUGUAGUUUAGUUGGUUACACUAAUUCCGACUUUUCCGGUUGCAAAUCGGAUAGGAAGAGCACUAGUGUAACUUGA